AUGUCGCUGCGCACUCGCCUCCAGCUGGCCUCUUCAGCACGCUUUGCUGCUGCACCGUUGGGAGCGUGUCGCUUCAUCCGACGCUCGUCGACGUCCACGCUCGAAGGCCACGCAUGGAUCAACGGCCGCUUCGACCGCAGCUCCUCUCGGUUGCUUCCGAUCCACGACCCGGCGCGCGGCACACGCAUCGGGAGCAUCUCCAUCCCCACGCCCACGCAAGUCUCGACCGCACUCUCCAGCGCACACACUGCCUUCGACUCCGGGCUUGGGGCGUGGUCUUCGCCGGAUGCGGUGCACUUUCGCUCGGAAGCGCUGAGUCGCCUUGCGGGGAUCCUGCGCGAACGCGCGCCCGAGCUGGCGUUGCUCGAGUCGCAGCAGACAGGUCGAUGCAUCCGCGAAUUCCGCGCCCAGCUCGCGCGCCUCUACGAGUGGUUCGACUACUACGCCGCGCUCAUCCGCGUCGGUGAGCGCAGCAUCCUCCCGCUCCGCGGCCAACUCCUCGGCUACAAAUCCCGCCGCCCGCUCGGCGUCGUGCUGCAGAUCACGCCGUUCAACCACCCGCUGCUCAUCGCAGUCAAGAAGCUCGCUGCCGCCCUGGCCGCGGGCAACAGCGUCAUCAUCAAGCCCAGUGAAGUUGCGCCGCUCACAGUGCUUCAGCUCGGACCCAUGGUUCAGGCAGCAGGAAUCCCCGAUGGCGUGGUGCAGAUCCUCCCCGGCGCGGCCGAGACAGCCAAGUUGCUGGUGGAAGACGACAGAGUUCGCAAGAUCGACUUUACCGGCGGAACGAGGGUGGGCACGCUCCUUUCAGAGCAUGCAGGUAGGAGGCUUGUGCCCAUCACUACUGAGCUGGGCGGCAAGGCGCCACUGGUCGCCAUGGACGAUUGCCCUGUCGAUGUGGCGGUGAAUGGCGCAUCGUUUGCCGCGUUCGUGGCGAGCGGUCAGACGUGUGUCUCCGCCACACGGGUCAUCGUGCACGAGCGCAUCUUUGACGCGUUCCUCGCUGCGUUCGCUCGGCGCGCCGACGCCAUUGCCAAGCGCAUGGGCGAUCCGCAGAAUCCAGCCACACUGCUCGGCUCGCUCAUCAGCCGCACGCACGUCGACAAGCUGCACUCCUCCGUCCAGUCGGCUGUUUCAGGCCCAUGGCGGUGCCUUACGGGCGGUCAAAUCCCCACUGGGGCUGGGUUUGACGGCCACGACUUAAGCGGCGGUGCAUUCUACCCGCCCACCAUCCUCGCUCCUACCGAUGGAGCCGAGGAGGGUGCAUUGCGGAGCAGUGCCAUGUGGCAAGACGAGGCGUUUGGGCCGGUGGUGUGCGUGGUCCCGUUCCGCGAUGAUGCGCAUGCCGUCGAGCUGGCCAACGAUAGCCGCUUCGGGCUCGGCGCAAGUGUGUGGACGCAGGACCAUGCGCGCUUCCACCGGCUUGUGCCGUCCAUCAACGCGGGCAUCGUGUGGCUCAACACGCACCAUCGCAACGACCCUUCGAGUCCCUGGGGCGCCGUCUCCCCCUCGGGCACCGCCUCCGCCAUCGGGCUCGGUGCCAACCCAUCCGGCAUUGGAAGGGAGAAUGGCAUCGAGGCACUCAAUGCCUACUCGAACCUGCAGAGCGUCACCCUCAAUUACGCCGACACCGCCACGAUGCGUGCGAGCGAAGACUGGUUCAAACCCGCCGACGACUCCUCCGACACACAGCAGGUGCGGUAUGGCUAG